GACGGCGAGUCCAAUUUAGUGAAAGGAAGCGACUUGGCAUCAGAAAGAAAAAGGAAGAGAAGACUAGACGAUGUCGUGCUCUGUGGCUAUCGCCAGCUCUCCUGUGUUCUCCCCAACUCGGAUCUCGAUCUCGUGCAAGGGGUCCCCGGAAGCCCUCUCCCUCAACACGGGCUCGCCCGCCGCCUCGUCGUACUCGUCCUCCCCGUUCCGGUCGCGGUUUCAGAGAGCCUCAAGAGGGCUGCGGGCGAUCAACGCCGGAAUCGGCGCCGCCUCACCCGCCGAGCCCUCCGUUGACACGGCCAGGUCCUCCCCGCCUCCUCCGGCUUCGGCCGAGUUGGGGUCGGUGUUGAAGAGGAAAAGGCCGGCGCGGAUUGAUAUCCCCUUGAUGGAGGGGUUGCCCUUCGCGUCCGAGGGAUCGGAUGGUAAGAAGGAGGUGGAGGCGGAAAGCGUGAGGUAUUCGAUGUAUUGCAAGAGGGGGAGGAAGAGGUUGGAGAUGGAGGAUCGGCAUAAGGUGACGCUGGACCCCAAUGGAGACGCCAAAUUGUCUUUCUUCGGCAUCUUUGAUGGGCAUGGUGGCAAGAGAGCCGCUGAAUUUGCUUCUGAGAACAUGGGAAAGUUUAUAAUCGAACAAGUGUCGACAACAAGUGGAGCAAGCUCCAGCGCUAUGGAGGAAGCUGUUAGGAUUGGAUAUAUGAAAACCGAUACAGAGUUCUUGAAGGCGGAAAUGGAUGGAGGUGCUUGCUGCGUGACCGCCUUGCUCAUAGAUGGUGAUCUUAUUGUCUCAAAUGCUGGCGAUUGCCGAGCCGUAUUGAGCCGAGCGGGUAAAGCAGAGGCCCUCACAUCCGACCACCGGCCCUCUCGAAAAGAUGAAAGGGAACGAAUUGAGAGCCUUGGUGGCUAUGUGGAUUACUGCCGAGGCACAUGGAGGUUACAAGGUUCCCUUGCUGUAUCCAGGGGAAUUGGAGAUUUGCAUCUGAAACAAUGGGUGAUACCGGUGCCGGAGACUAAAAUCAUUAACAUUGAAGCUGAAUGCGAGUUCUUAAUUCUUGCAUCUGAUGGGCUAUGGGACAAGGUUAGCAAUCAGGAGGCUGUAGAUAUAGCUCGACCAUUGUGUAUCGAUGCCGACACUUCAUCAUCAUUGUCUGCUUGCAAAAAGCUUGUGGAUUUAUCGGCUACACGAGGAUCACUAGAUGAUAUAAGCGUUAUGAUAAUAAAGUUGCAGCAUUUUGUUUGAAGGGUUAUGAAGUAACAAUCCCGAAUAGCAUUCAUUGACAAACAGAAUUAGGAAUAGAUGUUAGUUUUGUGCCGCAAGUAUUAUUUUCAUGGACUUGCGGCGAUCACCAUUGGAGUUAGCUAAUUCUCUGAUUUGUAUUUAGAUUUUUUCCAAGAUGAUGGUUACUAACUUUGUACUGUAAGAACUUGUAGAAAUUGACAUGAGAUAGAUACUACAUUAUUUUGCAUUUCUGAUACAAAUUUUUCAACCCAUUGUUGUCUUAUUGGUGUUUCA